UAUAGUAUUUCGUUUUUACAAUGUUGGUAUUAAAAAUUAUCUCGUCGACGUCAUCCCCGGCCGACAUGUUCGUUUGAGUUCCGAAACUUCCGACAUUUUGACAUUUAUCUCCCAGUUACCCGUGUAUUUUCUAAUCUUAUAAGAAUUAUCGUGUGAUUUUUAAUCAGCAUGGAUGAAGAAUACGAUGCAAUCGUUCUGGGCACGGGCCUAAAGGAGUGCAUCCUCAGCGGUAUGCUGUCCGUGUCCGGCAAAAAAGUUCUACACAUUGAUCGGAAUAAGUAUUACGGUGGUGAAUCUGCGUCAAUUACCCCGUUAGAAGAAUUGUUCGCGAAGUUUAAUGCUCCAGCACCGGAUGAAACAUAUGGCCGAGGUCGCGACUGGAACGUGGAUUUGAUACCAAAGUUUUUGAUGGCUAAUGGCCUUCUAGUCAAACUGCUGAUCCAUACGGGCGUCACCCGGUAUCUGGAGUUCAAGUCCGUCGAAGGCAGCUAUGUGUACAAAGGCGGGAAGAUCUCAAAAGUACCCGUGGAUCAAAAAGAGGCGCUAGCGUCAGAUCUGAUGGGUAUGUUCGAAAAGAGGCGGUUCCGAAACUUCUUGAUCUACGUACAAGACUUCCAAGACGAUGAUACGAAGACUUGGAAGGAUUUCGAUCCCAGUACUGCAAAUAUGCAGUCGCUGUAUGACAAGUUUGGACUGGAUAAAAAUACCCAAGACUUUACAGGGCACGCUCUGGCUCUUUAUUUGGAUGAUAGCUACCUGCAGCAGCCGGCCAUUCAAACAAUUACGCGUAUUAAGUUGUAUUCAGAUUCUCUUGCUCGGUAUGGAAAGUCCCCAUAUUUAUAUCCAAUGUAUGGCUUGGGAGAGCUACCUCAAGGCUUUGCACGGCUGUCUGCUAUCUAUGGUGGCACUUACAUGCUAGACAAGCCUAUUGAUGAAAUUGUUCUUGGUGAAGGAGGCAGGGUAGUUGGGGUGCGCUCUGGAAGUGAGGUUGCAAAGUGCAAACAAGUAUAUUGCGACCCUAGCUAUGUCCCAGAAAGUGUGACUAAGCGUUGUCAAGUUAUCCGAUGCAUUUGCUUGUUAGAUCACCCUAUCAAUAACACAAAAGAUGCUCUUUCAACUCAGAUUAUCAUUCCUCAGAAGCAAGUUGGAAGAAACUCUGACAUUUAUGUGUCCCUGGUGUCCUCCACCCACCAAGUUGCUGCCAAGGGCUGGUUCAUUGCUAUGGUGUCUACCACUGUGGAGACUAAUGAUCCGGAAUCUGAGAUUAAACCUGGUUUGGAUCUAUUGGGGUCAAUUCGGCAGAAGUUUGUAUCAGUAACAGACUACUAUGAGCCUACUGAUGAUGGCAGUCAAAGCCAAGUCUUCAUUUCUGAGUCAUAUGAUGCAACCUCACACUUUGAGACCACUUGCCUAGAUGUCCUCAAGAUCUACAAGCGCGGUACAGGUGAAGACUUUGACUUCUCUAAAGUGAAACUGGAAUUGGGAGAGGAGGAGCAGUGAAUAUUGUCCUAUUAUUGUAUAUUGCUUGUUAAUUUUUAAAUUUGUUUAUACAUACAUGGCUAAAGUAAUAAAAGUUGAUUAGGUAUUGGGAUAAAUUUAUGAGAGCUUUGUUGCAUUACCAUUUGAGCUGUACACUCACAUUCUCCCAACAUUUUUAUGUUUACUAGAUAUUCAAAAAAAAAUGUGAGGAUUAUUAUUUAUAGGAAUUAUUUGUUCUUAAAAUGUAAGAAUGCUUUUUAUAUAAUUUAAGAUAUGCAUAGUACAUACAAUGACAUAUAAUGAACGGUACAAGUCACGUGAUAACUGUGUUAUAUGUAUAGUUGUGCAUCAAAACAUGCAUUCCAUUGAAGUAUCAGUACUAUUUUGCAUUGUACCAAGAUCACAUUCGAAACAUGUCAAUAUAAUAUGAAUGCUCAUUAUACACUUUAAUGUUCUAUGUAAGAUCAUGAAUAAAGUUACAUUACAACAA